UACUUCUGCUAUAGAGGAUUAGAAGUAAAACACGUCAUCUUAGAAGUGAAUUUGAAAAGGAAAUAAAAACAGAAGGUUGUGUUUUAGGGUAGGAUAGAAAGCUUUAAACUGACUGCAAGACAACCAGUAUUCUGUACUGCUCUGCUGCUGAUCUUCAGAGGAUGCUGUCAGAAGGUUACCUUUACAGAAUUGCCUACCUCUGUGAAGACUCUGAGCUCUGCACCAGCCAAGCAGUGGAGGAAAUGGUGUAUGAAAUGAGGGCCAUUAAUUGUUCCUCCAGGGAUGAAGCACAAGGAAAAAGCCUCCUUCAGAGAUGCAGAUCUGCUGGCAAAUGCAUUUCUUCAAUUCACUCUAGAGGUAGCAAACAUAGCAGAAGGCAGAAAGACAAACUCCAACAGCCCAUGCAGCACCCACUGCCUGAAGGGCAGGCGUCUCCAGCUAUGGAUGUCUGUGAAGGGCUGGCAAGAAGAGACACCUACCUGGUUCCAUCCUCCUGCAAAAGCAUUUGCAAGAACUACAGUGAUUUGCACAUAGCUGGGGACUGCGUGGUGCCUAUUAGCUCGGUGGCAACCGAUUUUACCUGUGACAGUGGCAUAGGCCCCUUCCUGGAGUCCUCAGAGAUUCCUCCACCUAUGGAGUCCAUGCGGGUCCCCCCCAGCGAGACAGGCCGCAAGCAGGCUCAAGGCUUCUCAUCAUGCUGGCGCGUGACAAGCUUGGUGCCACACCAGCAGCCCCUCUCUGACUCAGCCCUCAACGACUACCUGGAGCAGAAGCUGAUGGAGCUGUACAAGCAGUACAUCAUGGACAGCACAGCCAACAGGGCAUCCCCCACACAGAUCCUGGCCUCAGAGCUCAUCAUGACUAAUGUAGACCAAAUCAGCACACAGAUAUCACGAGAGAGGAAAAUGGAGACCACCAAGGCCAAGGACAUUGUCAUCAGCCGCUUCUUGCAAAUAGCCAGUGAACAAAUAUUCUCAGAAAUUAGCACACCCAGUCUGCAUAUUUCCCAGUAUAGCAACACUAAUGCAUAGUAUUAGAAUGUCUGCAGCUAGAAAGCUCUUACAUUCUGAAAACUCAAUUUUUAGUUUUUUUCUUUUAAGGCAUCUUUCUGCUUCAUAAAAAUUUAUUUUCUGUCUACCAGUUUAACCUCCCAGCACAUAUUAAGUAAAAAUAUCUGUACUGCACAGAUGUCCCUCUAUCACGUGCCAGAUGGUAUAUAGUUAAAAAAAAAAAAAGUAUUCCCAAAGACUUAUUUCAAUGAGCCAUAGAUAUUAAAAAUAUUUUGGUAGAAAAACGACUAGGAAUGUAUGACACUCUUCCAGGUGUUCUCCUUAUUCCCCCUUACCUGACAUCUCAUUUCAACUUUCCUUCCCUGAAAUCUGCCCUACUACCUGAGGGCCUGCAAGAAGCUAUCACUUACAACACUGAAAGUACGGGGAUUGCACAGCCACAGAAACAGAGAAUUUAGUCUGGCCCACCUCCUGCCCCAAACAGCUUCACUUAUGUCACCCCUUCAUGUGUUUUUAUAAAUCAUUUGUUCCUAAUGUUAUCAAGUGAUAGACACUUCAGAGUUUAUUCUAUACUAACUCUAAUUAUUCUAUUGGUGUCUUCCUAUUAAAACAUUUCUGCAAGCAAAAACUCUUUCCAGACAGACAUCAUCAGUGGGAGCAUGCAUGUGUAGCUGCACUGUAUGAACUGAACUUCUAUGGUGGGUGCUGGUGACCUAUGACAGACAGAUACCAUAUUGGUCAACAGCCUGCAUCUGUGGAGUGGCCACAUGGGAUAGUGGUGAUAAUAAAAUGAAUUCUACUUCAUCUUCGCCUCUUUUUAGGAGAUUCCAAAUUGAAAAAUAAAGGCUAAGUCAAAGCCUCAGUGAUUAGUGUGAACAAUUCCUUUGACCUUUGGUCAAGGUCAGCUGAACCUAAUAUAUUUCUAAUAGAAAGGUCCUUUUCUGUAAAACUUUAGCUCUUAAGAAGAAGAAAAUAGUAAUUUGCUGCCUCAUGGACAAGGAUGAUUACCUGAUUUGAUAUGUAAACACACUGGCAAUGCCAAUCCAUGAUUGGCUGAAUUUCCAAAUGUAAGUAUAAUGUAAAUACUAAUUUAUAAUGUAAAUAUUCAUCAGAUGUUUUUAUGUUAGUGAUUCAA